CCUCUUUGCGCGAGGUUGUCGCUUGGAUUACACGCAUCCUUCGAUAGGGAAAACUGGCCACCGUGGUACUCUGGAUCCUAAGGUUACAGAGGGAGUUUGCUAUGCAAAGAAGGACGAUAACUUGGCAAAGCACCCAGAAAUCAAUGUGCCAAAUCUGCAGGUGAUUAAGCUGAUGCAGAGCUUCAAAUCCAAGGAGUAUUUGAGAGAAACUUUCGCUUGGAUGCACUACUACUGGUACCUGACCAAUGAUGGUAUUGAGUUUUUGAGGAACUACCUCAACCUUCCAUCUGAGAUUGUCCCUGCAACUUUGAAGAAGCAGGGCAAGCCUCCUGGUUGCCCCUUGGGCCCAUCUGUUGACUGCCCACGAAUUUCUUUGCAGGAUUUCAUGGGGGAGCUGUUGCUGCUGUUGCUGAGGCUGUGUCCAUAGCUUGUGCUAGAACAGUCGUGGCUAAGGAUAAGGAGAUUUUUCUAGAGGAACUAAGCAUCUCUUACCUCGCCAGCGCAAAAAAGAAUGCAGAGGUGAUAGUUGAUGCAUGUGUUGUGCGAAGUGGAAGAAAUCUGAGUGUUAUAGCGCUAGAGUUCAAGCUCAAGAAAACUGGGGACUUGAUUUACACAGCUCGUGCCACCUUCUAUCACAUGCCUGCUGCCAAAUUA